AAGUAGAAGAGUGGGCAGUGGGCACAGUCAGGAAAAUUCUAAUUAAAUAAAAUUGAUUUUUCCGUGUGUGGUGUUUGGUUUGCAAUUUCAAUUUUAUUUCAAAACGAUAUUUUCUCUUCGAAAAUAUACCAAAGAUUUUGUAUCUAAAUUGACUCGAAGAAAUGAGCUUAACUCAUCGAGAAGUAAAUUAUGAAAAUCCUUUAAAAGAUUGCGAUAAAUUUAUCGCUACUGCUGCUGACGACGACAAUGUAGAAAACGACGACGACAAUGUUGUUGAAGAUGAAAAAAUUUCCAUCAGUGACCAUGGGAAUUCGAUGCAACAAAAACAACAGCAGGCAAUUAUUGUCGACCUGGAUUUUUCCUCUCAAGGACAUUCCACCAAAACACCAACUAGCAGCUGUGAGGAGGAUAAUCUAGAUUUUGAUGAACCGCCACAUCCGCUCAGUGAAAGAUGGUCUCCAUUGGGAGCGAAUUAUGACGACACAAUUGGUUUAGGUGGGGAUUUAUUGGGUCGGGAAAUAGAUUUGAAGCAAUUAGAAGUUCAGCAUAUGUCCAAUGGGGAAGAAUCAAGGCCAGAUUCUUCGUUGGUUGUUGAUGUUCAUCGACUCAAGUCGAUGGAAGAGGAACAGGAAGUGUUGACAUCUUCUUUGAUGGCACUGACUUCACAUUUUGCUCAUGUUCAGUUGAGAGUUCGACAAAUUGUUGAAGCGCCAUCCGAUAAACGCGAUGGAUUGUUGAAGGAUUUGGAAGAGUUUGCUUUUCGGGGUAUACCAGAGCCCAUGGCAGCUAACCAAGUGCCAAACUCAUCAAACGGGGACAAUCCCGACAGCAACAUGGAAACCAUCCGCAAACGACAAUGCGAGCUUAUCGAUCAUCUAAAAUCUCAAUUAUCCGAAUUGGAAAAGUUUGCUUACGAAUCCGGUGCCCCUGUGCUGCCGCAACAUAUUUUGCUUGAAAAACAAAAGAUCAUCAUCGACGAAUUGAAGCAAAAGCUAAAUCUGAAUGUAUGCGAAAACGAUCUGCCACAGUUGUCUUCGGAAGAUUUGAAAAACCAAGUAGAAAACGCCAUAGGCGAAUUUGUUGGUCCUUUAAAGAUGAAAGAACAACUCGUUGCCCAACUGAAAACACAAAUCACCGAUCUGGAGCGAUUUAUAGCUUUUCUUCAAGGUGAUGCAGAAGAUCCAAAAAAUAGCAAAACUGUAUUGAAUGAAGCAUACAACAGCUAUGCUGCUAAAAAGAAAGUUUCCAAUCGACAAAAGGCAAGCAGCUCAAAAGAAGGCAACACCAAUCACAGCAACGAAAUAACACCAACUCCUGACCACUUGGAUGACAAAAAUCCGGUGCCGGUGAACAAUACAUCAGUUAACAACGCUCACACAAAAUCCACAGAGAGUCUUAAUAGCAAAGCACACGGACUGAUGGACAAAGCCUCUCUUCUAAUGCAAAUGUUUGCUACCACACAUUUUGGCCUCAAACCAGAUCGCUUCCAGAAGAAUACUCUAAAGAAGACUUCCAAGGGCAAUCACUGGGGUGAUCUACGAGCCCAACUAGAAGUGGACAUACAAGAAGUCGCCUCAUUGGCAGCCACUCUCAGUUUUGACCGAGAGAAGCUAGUCAAUAUGCGGAAAACAAUUAAAAAGCGAAAACUUGCUGCGUUGAAUCGGGCAAAUGGAAUUGUAUCUACCACAGCGCCAACUGGACGAAGUAGAGCGUGCAAAGAUAUUGAUUUCUAUGACAGACUGUCUUCCUCGGAUUCGGAUGAAGAUGAUGAGUUCUAUGAUUGGGAAAAGUAUAGGAAAAGAAUAGCUCACUGCAAUAAAAAUAGCAGUGAUUCUAUAAACCUGAUCAAUAAAGAGCUGACGACGGCGGUGCGAAAAAAUUUCGCAAUCACCCUUCAACGCCUCAUACAGCACGGUUUGCGAGCGCAACCCGAAACUACAUCAAGUCUCAUUGUACCAUUUAUGCGAUGUUUAAAUCCGUCCGCAAUUCAUGAAUCAUCAGCCGAACAUAGAGCCGCCCGAGCUUCAUCUUCAUUCUUAGCGCGUAGCAAUGUAUUUCCCCCAGAAAGUUCACAGUGUGAUAAUAUGGAUAGUGAAACGAAUAAUGGGUUCUUUGGUGGACCCAGUGGUAGACAGAUGCAUGCGUGGGAACUUAUUCUCGAGUAUUAUUACUUGAAGAAUGGUGAUGAGUAUAAUAAUACUCCGGCACGAAAACUUUCGCAAAGUUUUAACCUUGAAAUUGUGGGAGCGCAAGCUGUUUCUAGCAAACAAAGCUUAUUGAGUGUUAUUGGAAUGAUAAUUGCCCUACACAGUCCAUAUAAGCGAAGUUAUAAUUCCCAUUUUAAGGCAUUCGUAUGUGCUGGUCUUAACUCAUCCCAGUUAGUAGAAUGGUUAAAUUUGUUAUUCGGAUGCAGCGAACUUGUGGACACAUAUUAUACAGAAAAUUCUUAUGUUGUGCGCACAGGUUUUCGCGACUCCCUGCGAUCAAUUGAUGUUCUAUCAAAAUAUGAUUUUGAUUUACCCGUCGAUUUGGCAGUGCGGCAUUUUAGAAAUUUAUAAAACGAGGAACAAGCCUUGGUAAUGCAUUCCAUAUAGAAAAUACAACAUAAUAUCAAAAAAAGUCAUUCAGCAAAAUAAAUAUAAUAUACAUAUAGCUGAUAGCAGCUUUUUUUAUCAACAAAAACGGACACAAUCCGUUUGAAUUUUUAAAUCAUUCUAGUCAAAAAAUCAAAGAUCUCUUUUAAUUAUUUAUAAUAAUAUAACAAUAAUUUAAAAUAACAAUAAUAUCGAGUACUAUAUGAAGAAAUAUAAGAACAAUUACAAUUAUUGGCAAAUGAUAACAUUCUAAUCGAAUAAAAAUACUAUAAUCAAUUUUAUCUUUUCUCAAUUAUAUAAUGCGAUGUGUACUUUGGAUAGCUAGGGCGUUUAUGCAUGUUUUAUUUUUUUUUGGUGUGUAUAAAUAUUAUAAAAAAGUAAAUAAAUAAAUAUAAUACUAUACUUUAAAUAAAUGUACUCUUUAACAGGA